GUCAGCAAGAUACACACGCGACACAAAACCAGAUGACGCAAUGUAUGUUUGGUUGGAAAACGUAAAUUCCAGAAGUUUUGAGGUGUGCAUCCGGGAGUUCCUGCCCUUCAAUGGAAAACAUAACGACACCACUGUGGACUGGUUCGCGUUUUUUGGCGCUGGCUCUGAAUUCAGUUUCACGCUGUCAGGGGAAAAGUAUUUUCCAAACAGUUUUCCGCCGACAGCAGAAGACAAUUAUGGUUUCUGUCAAGAAGUGCCGUUCAACACAACUUUUUAUGCCUUACCAGUUAUCCUUGUGUCUGUGCAGCAUAUGUACAACAUUCAAGUCAGCACGAAGAGCCUCAUUUCACCGAAAAACAAUAUUAUAUCAGCCUGGGUUGAGGAAGUUAGCCUCACAUCCAUGAAGAUUUGCGUCAAAGACUUGAGCGGAACAGGAAGCAAACACGACCCUCUGUCUGUUAGCUACGUCGUUAUUGGAGACCUAGAUCCCUGCCUAAAUGUGUUUUGCCCGUUAUUGGGAGCUUGCAAAACCUACAGCGCCCAUGAAGCACGCUGCGUGUGUAACGAAAACUGCCCUUCGUAUCAAAAUCCAGUCUGCACAGAAGGCGGGACAACGUACGACAACGAAUGCCUCUACAGGUCGAGUCAGUGCAAGGGACUGGAAAAUAACACCUUGUAUCAUCCUGGCACCUGUGAGGGCUUUCCAAUCGUUCAUGGUCGUGUUAAGCUCCUUCAAGUUUCCAAAGGUCCAGAAUCUAGUUGCAAGGCAGUGGUAUUCCCACCAUACCGCUUUUAUCCGAACGAGGAAGUACACGUACAGAUCACCCUUAAUCACAUGAACCUGAAUGAUUCCGUGACAGUGCAACAUGCCAUCACAUAUUGGACUGAAAAAGUAAAUACGCAAAAUUUUACAGUCUGCGCGAUGCAGUCUGGGAGAAGUGGAAACAACAUUAAUCCUUUCGCUACCAUUGAUUGGAUGGCUUAUUAAGGAGCCCCACCCCAGGGAACGACGGGAAGAAUCAAAAUGACAAAAUGGUGGUCGGGAACGAAUUGCGCAGAUGUGACUUUUCCAAAGGACAAGUUUUACGAUUCGCCAGAUGUACUUGUGACGUCCAAUCACCAAAGAAGUAGGAAGGAACAUGAUGCCGCAUUGAUCUGGACAGAAGACGUAACCAAGGACUCGUUCAAGGCUUGUUUGCGAGAGUUGCAAAACUUUGAUGGCAAGCAUGAAGAUAUUUAUGUGACCUGGUUGGCCUUUGCUAGGCUGCAUAAACCGUUCUUCACUGAAUAUGGCUCUGUAAACUUUGCAAACACGAAUCCGCCAAGAGAUGAAGACAACAACGCUUACUGCGAGUUUGUGCACUUUACACGAAGUUACAAUGCAACACCAUCUGUCCAAAUAUCUGCCACUCACAGCACAACAGCAAGUG